UUCCUCAAAGAGGAAAUACUCAACCGUGAAAUUCGAUCCUGCCGGUACAAGAAGCCCCGUAUAAUAGAAGGCAGCAAGCCAAUUAUCCGUACUCUGGGGAAGAAUGCUGUACAGAGCUAUAUAUCUGCUAUUAUAGACCUCUGGUCAUAUCAAAGAAGCAGUAGAAUAAAUCCAAACCCAAAUCCCCGUGGUGAGACAGUCACUAUACUUUUAGCUGAUUAUAUACACUGCGAAUAUCUAUAA